AUGAACUUUAGUAUUCUGGCCGCGGUCAUUGCAGCGACAAUCGGAAAAUACUCCGAUGUCGUGACCCGUGCUCUCGUAGCACACGAUGUCAAUUCCGAAGUUCCCGCUAUCCGAUCCUUCUUUUACACCGGCGGACAGUACGUCGAUGAUGGCGAAGGCGGACAUGUUUUCCGGGGUCAAAUGUAUAUCGAGAAGCUCGUGCCAGCAAAGGGUCCUAUCAAAGAGACCCCAAUUGUCAUGAUUCAUGGCGUGGCACAGACAGGGACUAACUUCCUGAAUAAGCCAGACGGUGGUCGUGGUUGGGCAUCUCUGUUCCUUAGCCAAGGCUAUGAGCUGUACAUUGUUGAUCAAACCUUUCGUGGUCGGUCGGCUUGGCUACCUACCUCUAGUGGCGAGAAGCCAAUCAUCCUCUCUGCUGAAGCCAUUGAGACAGCCUUUACCAAUUCAAAAGAUCACAUGUUAUGGCCUCAAGCUGUCAACCAUACUCAGUGGCCCGGGUCUGGCAUGAAAGGAGACCCUAUAUUUGACGCCUUUUAUGCAUCCAAUGUGCAAUUUGUCGAUAAUUCUGUGAAUCAACAAACGGCCAUGCAAGCAGCUGGGGCAACUCUACUAGACAAGAUAGGAAAACCAGCUAUCAUCCUUGGACAUAGCGAGGGUAGUUUCAUGCCAACACUGAUCGCCGACAAACGGCCCAACCUUACCAAAGCAAUCGUUCUUCUCGAAGCUGCAGGACCCCCAUUCAAAGACGAAAUAUUUCACUUUGGAGGAGACAACCCUCGUCCAUGGGGACUAUGGGAUGUCCCAAUCACAUACGAUCCUCCAGUCACAGAUCCAAAAACAGAGCUUGUCCGAGAGGUCCAUCCUCCCAGAGACAAUCUUUCAACAGAGUGCACUCUUCAAGCUAAACAUCCUAAACCACGAAAACUCGUAAAUCUUGAAGAUAUUUCGAUCCUUAUCGUCAACGGAGCGGCGUCUUAUCAUCAACCGUACGAGCAUUGCACAGCUGCGUAUUAUCGUCAGGCUGGUUGUAAGAAACUUGAACACAUAGAGCUUGGGACUAUUGGUAUUCAUGGCAAUGGACAUAUGCUAUUCAUGGAGAAGAAUAGUGAUGAAAUACAAGGCGUUGUCCAUCAUUGGAUUGAUAAAACUUAA